CCGCGCGCGCCUGGCGCGGGGCGGCCCGAGACGCGGCCGAGGCUGCGGCCAAGAGCGGCCGGCAGCCCCAGAUAGACAGCGGAGCCCAGCGGGCCCGGCCCGGCGCGGGGACUUUCAGGCCCCCAAGGCCGCGAGGAGGAGCCGACAUCCAGCCCCGAGCCGAUCCCACCCCGGCCCCGGAGGGACUCCCGGGCCGCCUUCCCCGAGGCUCUCCGACUUCCCUCCGUGACAAAGUUUUCUCCGGUGCCUUGCCGAGGAGGAUCGCUCCCUAGCUCUAGAACUCGCCUGCUGGCGGACUUGCUCGGCUUGAUUUGGGAGAUAACUUGCCUCGCUCCCACCCACAUCCCCUUUCCUUGACCACUUCCAGUCGGACGUUCUAGAUGACUGAAUGGAGUUUUGAGUUGGACUCUUGUGUCCCCUACGGAGUCGGGCCUGAUCCCGGAGCGCUGGGGGUGGGGUGGAGGUGUUACUGUAAAAUGCAAGUUGGAUAAAAGGAGGACCUCUCGCCAAGGGCCCCAAUGAGUGGCACACAGUCUACUAUCACCGACAGGUUUCCCCUCAAAAAACCUAUAAGGCAUGGAAGUAUUUUGAACCGAGAGUCACCAACAGAUAAGAAGCAGAAAGUUGAGCGCAGUACAUCACAUGAUUUUGACCCCACAGAUAGCUCCUCCAAGAAGACAAAGUCUAGUUCAGAGGAGAGUAGAUCCGAGAUAUAUGGUCUUGUUCACCGUUGUGUGAUCAUCCAGAAGGAUGACAAUGGAUUUGGGCUGACGGUCAGUGGAGACAAUCCAGUGUUUGUACAGUCUGUCAAAGAAGAUGGAGCAGCCAUGCGGGCUGGCGUACAGACAGGUGAUCGAAUCAUCAAGGUGAAUGGAACUCUGGUGACUCAUUCAAACCAUUUGGAAGUGGUGAAGCUAAUCAGAUCGGGUUCCUAUGUAGCUCUCACUGUUCAGGGACGCCCACCUGGGUCGCCCCAGUUUCCACUUGCUGAUUCUGAAGUAGAGCCAUCAGUCGUUGGACAUAUGUCUCCCAUCAUGACAUCCCCUCAUUCACCUGGAGCAUCUGGGAAUAUGGAGAGAAUUACUAGUCCUGUGCUCAUGGGGGAGGAAAACAAUGUGGUUCAUAACCAGAAAGUAGAAAUUCUGAGAAAAAUGUUACAGAAAGAACAGGAACGGCUACAGUUAUUGCAGGAAGAUUACAGCCGAACACCUGCCCAAAGAUUGCUAAAAGAGAUCCAAGAGGCCAAGAAACACAUUCCUCAACUGCAAGAGCAGUUAUCCAAAGCCACAGGCUCUGCUCAGGAUGGAGCUACAGUUACAUCCUGCAAGCCAUUAGGCGAUGGGCUAGCAGUCAGUGAAAUAGAAGCAGAUCCUGGUGAUGGACUAGGCAGAAUUGACUAUGGCAGUGGAGAUGCUUCUCGGCCCAGUAGUGACAGUGCAGAUAGUCCCAAGAGUGGCCUGAAAGAGAGGAUUUAUCUAGAGGAAAACCCAGAGAAAAGUGAAGUAAUUCAGGACACUGACACUCAAUCACUUAUUGGGAGUCCCUCUACCCGUAUAGCACCUCAUAUUAUUGGAGCAGAGGAUGAUGACUUUGGUACUGAACAUGAACAGAUCAAUGGGCAGUGCAGCUGUUUCCAGAGCAUUGAACUGCUAAAAUCUCGCCCUGCUCACUUGGCUGUAUUCUUACACCAUGUAGUUUCACAGUUUGACCCUGCAACAUUGCUCUGUUAUCUCUAUUCAGACCUGUAUAAACAGACCAAUUCCAAGGAGACUCGUCGUGUCUUCCUUGAGUUUCAUCAGUUCUUCCUGGAUCGAUCUGCACACCUGAAAGUUUCUGUUCCUGAUGAAAUAUCAGUAGAUCUAGAAAAAAGAAGACCUGAGCUUAUUCCUGAGGAUCUACAUCGCCACUAUAUCCAAACUAUGCAAGAAAGAGUCCACCCAGAAGUUCAAAGGCACUUGGAAGAUUUUCGACAGAAACGUAGCAUGGGGCUGACCUUGGCUGAAAGCGAACUGACUAAAAUUGAUGCAGAGAGAGACAAGGACCGGGUAACUUUGGAGAAGGAACGGGCAUGUGCAGAGCAGAUUGUUGCCAAAAUUGAAGAAGUGUUGAUGACUGCUCAGGCUGUAGAAGAAGAUAAGAGUUCAACAAUGCAAUAUGUUAUUCUCAUGUACAUGAAGCAUUUGGGAGUAAAAGUGAAAGAACCUCGAAAUUUGGAGCACAAGAGAGGUCGGAUUGGAUUCCUUCCAAAAAUCAAGCAAAGUAUGAAGAAAGAUAGGGAAGGCGAAGAAAAAGGGAAGAGAAGAGGAUUCCCCAGCAUCUUGGGACCCCCAAGGAGACCAAGCCGUCAUGACAACAGUGCAAUUGGCAGAGCCAUGGAACUGCAGAAGCAGCGCCACCCUAAGCACAUAUCCACACCUUCAUCUGUAAGUCCUGAACCUCAGGACUCUGCUAAGUUGCGCCAGAGUGGAUUAGCAAGUGAAGGAGCAGACAUUGGAUACCUGCCAGCCAAUUCCAUGUCCUCCAUGGUUUCAGGGGCCACUCUUUCCCAGGAAGGAGGGAAAGAGAAUGAUAUGGGAUCAAAGCAAGUUGGAGAAACGCCAGCAUCUGGAGACUCCUUAGAUGGCACACCUCGUACUCCCAGUACCAUCUUUGACUUCCCACCUCCUCCAUUGGACCAAGUGCAGGAGGAGGAAUGGGAAGUGGAAAGGGUGACUGAACAUGGGACACCAAAGCCCUUUCGAAAGUUUGACAGCAUAGCUUUUGGAGAAAGUCAAAGUGAGGAUGAACAGUUUGAAAAUGACUUAGAGACAGAUCCACCCAACUGGCAACAGCUGGUUAGUCGAGAAGUGUUAUUGGCACUAAAGCCUUGUGAGAUCAAAAGACAGGAAGUAAUUAAUGAAUUGUUCUACACUGAAAGAGCUCAUGUUCGAACAUUGAAGGUUCUAGAUCAAGUGUUCUAUCAGCGAGUUUCCAGAGAAGGAAUUCUGUCACCUUCAGAACUACGGAAAAUUUUUUCAAACUUAGAAGAUAUUCUUCAACUUCACAUUGGGUUGAAUGAGCAAAUGAAGGCUGUUCGAAAGAGGAAUGAGACGUCUGUUAUUGAUCAGAUUGGGGAAGAUUUGCUGACUUGGUUCAGUGGACCCGGGGAGGAAAAGUUGAAACAUGCUGCUGCUACCUUUUGCAGUAACCAACCCUUUGCCCUGGAAAUGAUCAAGUCUCGUCAGAAAAAGGAUUCUCGAUUCCAGACUUUUGUGCAAGAUGCUGAGAGUAAUCCACUGUGUCGUCGUCUGCAGCUGAAAGAUAUCAUUCCCACCCAAAUGCAGAGGCUUACUAAGUACCCUCUCCUAUUGGAUAAUAUUGCCAAAUACACAGAGUGGCCAACGGAAAGGGAGAAGGUGAAGAAAGCUGCAGAUCACUGUCGUCAGAUCUUAAAUUAUGUAAAUCAGGCUGUUAAGGAGGCAGAAAACAAGCAGCGCUUAGAAGAUUAUCAGCGUCGCCUUGAUACCUCCAAUCUGAAGUUGUCAGAGUACCCAAAUGUUGAAGAGCUCAGGAAUUUGGAUUUAACAAAAAGGAAGAUGAUUCAUGAAGGGCCAUUGGUUUGGAAGGUGAAUAGAGAUAAAACUAUUGAUCUAUACACUUUGCUGCUGGAAGAUAUUCUUGUAUUGUUACAAAAGCAGGACGAUAGACUGGUGUUAAGGUGUCAUAGUAAGAUUCUGGCAUCUACAGGUGAUAGCAAACACACAUUUAGCCCUGUCAUCAAGUUGAGUACAGUGUUGGUUCGACAAGUGGCAACAGAUAACAAAGCUUUAUUCGUCAUCUCCAUGUCUGACAAUGGAGCCCAAAUUUAUGAACUGGUGGCACAGACAGUUUCUGAAAAGACUGUCUGGCAGGACCUCAUCUGUCGGAUGGCUGCAUCAGUGAAGGAGCAGUCCACAAAGCCAAUUCCACUGCCACAGUCCCCACCUUGCGAAGGAGACAAUGAUGAAGAAGAACCUCCAAAAUUAAAAGUGGAACAUCAUGGCAUUUCGGUCACUGGUCUGCAGAGUCCAGACAGAGACUUGGGAUUAGAGUCUCCUUUAAUGUCGUCAAAACCUCAAUCUCAUUCACUGGAUACCUCUGGGAAAUCGGAGGUGGAUGAUCUCUUUGUGGCUGAGAGACAGUUUGCAAAGGAGCAGCAUGCAGAUGGAACUCUAAAGGAAGUUGGAGUCAAUCAUCAAAUCACAAUCCCAGAUCCACACUUGCCUGUCUCAGAAGAACGGUGGGCGUUGGAUGCACUAAGGAAUUUGGGUUUGUUGAAGCAGUUGCUGGUACAACAGCUGGGUUUGACCGAGAAGAGCACUCAGGAAGACUGGCCACAUUUCCCAAGAUGCAGGACAGCCUCUCUGGGGGUGCAGGCAGACAGUGGAACCCAGAACCCUGAAAACAUUAAGGCCUAUCAUCCUUGUGAAGGACAGAUGCCCUUUAGAACUGGAACUGGUGACAUUUCAACUUGUUACAGUCCACGGACUUCAACUGAAUCUUCUGCUCCACGGGAUUCAGUGGUACUGGCAUUCCAAGAUAGCCAGGCAAGUAACAUUUUAGUAAUGGACCACAUGAUUAUGACCCCAGAGAUGCCUCCCGCAGAGCCAGAAGGGGGUCUUGAUGAGAGUGGAGAGCACUUUUUUGAUGCCCGUGAAGCACAUAGUGAUGAUAAUCCGUCAGAAGGUGAUGGAGCAGUUAAAAAGGAAGAGAAGGAUGUUAAUUUGCGCAUCUCAGGAACCUGUUUGAUCCUUGACGGCUACGAAACAGUGCAGGAGAGCUCCACGGAUGAGGAGGUUGCUUCCUCGCUUCCCGCACAGCCCGCUACAGGCAUCCCCGCUAUGGACUCUACCCGCCGGCAGCAGCGCUCCCCCCAGAAUGCUCAUUUUCAUGGGGCAGUUUCACCUUUCACCCCAGAAUUCCUGGUCCAGCAGCGCUGGGGAGCUAUGGAGGAUUCCUGUUUUGAGAUCCAGAGUCCCUCCUCUUGUGCAGAUUCACAAAGCCAGAUCAUGGAGUACAUUCGUAAGAUAGAGGCUGACCUUGAACACUUAAAGAAGGUGGAGGAAAGUUACACCAUUCUUUGCCAAAGGCUGGCUGGAUCAGCCCUCACAGACAAGCACUCAGAUAAAAGUUAGAGCCGCGUGUCCUGGAGGUGACUGCAGGUUGUUGGAUUUGAGCAUCGGCCUUGUAUCACCACGUCCUGGCUCCAGUGUGGACACAGAGAGAGCGUGUGACGGAGGAUCUGCCUGCGAGCACCCUGGGGUAGCCACGCCCCCGGGGCCCAGAGUGGGACUGGUUCUUCACAGCCUGGCAGCUGCACUAGUCUGUCAGUGAGGGGACGUCGUUCUCUCACUCUGCUCUCCUCACUAUCAGAAAUUCAUUUUGAUUCAGAACAAAAACCAAAUGUAUAGAGCUUUGGGUGUAGAAUAUGAAAUUUUACUUAGACUUAAGAAAAAGAGAAAAUCAGAUGUAUUUAUUUGACUUCAUUCCGUAUUUUGAAAGCACAUUUUAAUUUUUAUUUUGCCAUGUUUUGUUUUAAUUGAGUAGUGAGAGUUUUAGCCCUUUGUAUUUAGUACACCCAAGCAUCGAUCGCUCCCGAAGCAGAGAGUUCAGUAUGGGGUAUAAGGAGGUGGGGUAGAGAGGUGAAGAGGAGGAGGGGCUAAGCAGGGGAGGGAGGAGCAUGUGGCCUCCACCAAACUGUAUCCCAUGCCCUCUGCUGUCCAGUAGGCUGCUUGUCUGAGGGUCACCUCAAAAGCGUAGUCUGCUGGGACUCCUAAGUGCAGAGGACUUGAGCUCUGUGCUCCCAGGUAGGGCUUCCUCCCACCCGAGGCAAGCACCUCUUCUCUGUAGCUGGGAUCCACUCCCAAUGAACAGGAAUCCUCAAUGUACUAAAGAGCAGGCACUUGAAAAUGGGUGUAUUUUCUUCUAUUGUCUCUUUUUCUGUUGAGGGUUGGGAUUUGGGAGGGAGAGGAAAGCAAAUUUUAUUUUCUUGACUGUAAGUUUGUUAUUCUUGGUAUUGUUUCAUUUUUAUAAUUAUACAUUAGACUUUGGCACUUGUGUAAAAUUAUCCCUGCGGAUUGAGCAGGAAGUAAAAAACAAGCAAACGGCGAUGCUUCAGGUGGUGGCAGGGGUGGGGGUCGCUGAAGGAAGGGUGGGGUGGGAGCGGGUGAGAAUCCGGGAAGGUUAUGUAACUGAAUCACUACUGAGUUGAACAAUGGCUUUCAUUAGCCGCGGGUACUGCUGAUUAUAAGGCCAGUAACAUUUUAGUACCUGGAGGUUUGACUCUAAUUUUUGCACUGAUGGUGCCAAAGGGCUCUUUGAGUUAAAAAGAGAGCCAAGAGUGGAGCGGAGAGAGCUGUGGUGGAGAAGGCAGAGCUGCUCCAACCAGCUCCAGAAGCACUUCCUCUGACUUCACUGCUGGAGCUUUUUCCACACUGGUGCAUGACUGACCUUAAAAAUUGCAGACCAGAACAUACACUGGAUACUGCAGGCAAGGCGUUGGUAACUGCCUGCUCUAGAAUGAAUAGUAGUACUGGCAGCGCCCUCCAGAGGAUAAAUGUUUCAGAACUGUAACUUGAGAACCCCUUCAGUUCUACUGGCUUUCUGUGGUUUUCUUUGUGCAUCAGGUAUGUAUGUUUUGGAGUAUUUUUGCCAACUAAAACUAAAUCAUUUGUCAAAUAUGAAAAUUCUGUUAGUAUGCAAGGAGUUCAUCCACUGCUCAUAUCUUUCAGCAGUGCCCUCUGAACUCUGUGGGUAGUUAGGAUGUAAUUUUACUCUUCCCUGCCAUCCCCCCACCCUCUGCCCAAAUAUAUAUAUAUAUAUAUAUAAUAUAUAUAUUAUAUAUAUAUUAUAUAUAUA